AUGGUGUAUACUAAACAUGGAAAUACUAGACUCCAUACUUACUUUAUGUCUCCAAAUAAGGUCACAUUGGAUAAGAUAAACGAGCCUAUUUCUCCUAAACCUAAUCGAAAUUUUUUUACCAGUACAGAGGUAGGAUCAUGCAGUAGAAAAUUAGAUUUGAAUGAGAACUAUGAUUUUUCUAGGUCCAUUGUAGCUUUUGGACAUUUUGUUGGAUAUGUAGUGAAAGAUGUUGGUGUUAAAGUUGCAUAUGAGAAGCUUAACAAAGUUCAAGAUGUUAGUGUUCAAGCUAUAGGUGAGAAGCUUGGUAUACCCAUUGAUACUCUUUCAAAAGACUUUGAUCCUUUCUUUUAUACGUAUCAUAAUGAUUACCAACUGGUGGAGGAAAAAGAUUUAGAAUAUUGGGGUGAUAGGGUGGUACACAAUGAAGAAAUUAGGGAUGUUAUUAGUGACGAGAGUAGUACGGAUGGAAGUAUAAGCGAGGAUAGUGACUUUUUAGUUGAUCAACUUAAUAUGGUGAAGGAUGUCGAAGUGUAUAUGAAAGGCUUCCAUAGUGGUGUGGAGAAUUUUCCAAAUCUAGAUAACCACCAAUCAUUUAAUGUACCUGAUGUCAUAGUUGAUGAGGAUUUGGAGGUGAUAGAUACACAGUUGUUUGAAUCAGCUGGUGUACAAGAAGAUGAGAGGAAUAAGUUGAUAAGAAGUUUAAACAAACCAACCACAUGUUCAUCAGGGGUAGUACAUGAAACUGCAUUCCACAUGAGUCAAAUAUUUAAAUCCAAAACAGAAGUGAAGGCCUACAUUAAAUGCAUUCAAUUCAAACUAGGACAAACAUUUACUUUGAAAAAAAAAAUGAUUAAAAAAAUUAGGGAGAAAUGCAGGGGUGUAGUCCUAGAAAUGAGAGGAAGAGCACAUACAUAUAUGUUAUUGAAUAAUUUGUGUGAAGUUUUCAACUCAAAGUUGUUAGAUGCUCAAGACAAACCUAUAACUACAUGUUUAUAG